AUGGUAACACUCUCUUCAACCUGCUCACAGCACUAUCAGCUGCACCUUAUCAUCUGGAGGCUCUGUGUCACGGGGCGUCAGCUGGGUCCCCCCGGCGCCGGGGCUCAGGGGGCCUGGGGUGGCCCUGCUGCCGCCUCCGGAGCGGCGGGGUGCCGGGCCGGCCGGGCCUCUUUCUCCGGGUGGUUUCACAUCCCUCAGGAAGCAGUCGAGCCUGAGUCUCGUUAUAUCGUGGGUGGAGUCCAAGAAGGUGAAAGCGAACACUGCAGGGCCCCUUCAGUCCGGGCCCAGAAAGAGGUCACACAGAGUCGGUUUGGUCAUGCCGCAUCGGUCAAAGCGAGUCACAGGGCCAGCUGGGAUCAAAAGGCUGAGAAAGACGCUGCCUCCCCACCGGAAGUCGAGCGCAUGCGGACAGAGAGGGAGGACCGUGAGCCGCCAGCUUUCUGCAAAAUCAAUCUCUUAUCCUUACCAGUUUCCUCAAUGCCACAGAUCCACGAGUGGAGAUAA